CUGGUUCUCCCUUCCUUCGUUUUGGCCUCUUCAGGGGAUAGAAACCCAACUUUUCAACAUUGUUUAAAAGGAUGUAAAGUCACUUAUUGUGAUCCUUCUCAACCUCCUGUCCCGAUCUGGCUACGGGGUCUGGGAUGGACUUGUGAGGAUGAUUGCAAAUAUAGUUGUUCACAUAGUUUUACGGAUAAUAUAAGACCUGGAUCGAGAUAUCAUCAAUUUUACGGGAAAUGGGUAUUUUAUCGUUUAGGUCCAAUCCAAGAACCUUUCUCCGUCAUCAUGUCCUUAGGAAACCUCUGGGUCAAUUUACGAGGAUUACAAGAAAUUAAACGAAGAGUAAGGAAGGAAAAUAAAUUAAGACGAUGGUUAGAAGGUAUGGCUUGGGUACAAAUCAAUACUUGGUUUUGGAGUUCUGUCUUUCAUUGUAGAGAUACCCCACUUACCGAACGUCUCGAUUACUUUUCCGCCACUUUAACAAUCGCAUCAUCCCUACUUUAUACCAUAAUCCGUAUAUUUCAUCUCCAAACUCCACUUCAAACAUCUCGCACAAUCCUACCACUCAUCAUCCUUUUCACAUGUCUUAUCUUAGGUCAUUUCACUUACUUACUCUCUUUCCCCAUCGGUUCUUUCCCAUACGGUUAUCACACUCAUUUCGCACUUUCUUUAGGUCUUCUCCAUCAUCUUCUAUGGUCAUUAUUCUCAUUAUCAUUUUUCUUAAAAUUCCCAAGUUUCACUCUACUUUCAAAGAAAAUAUCAUGGCCACGUCCAUAUUUAUCUAGAGAUCCAUUAGAAAGACCAUUACCUCAUGAUGCUUUAACACCCGUUAUAUUAGUAGGAUUAACAUUAUUAUCUAUGAGUUUGGAAUUAUUAGAUUUCGCUCCUUUUUUCAGAAUGGUCGAUGCUCAUUCUUUAUGGCAUGCAGCUACCAUUCCUUUAAUGAUGGGUUGGUGGAGUUUUUUAUGUGGAGAUGCUAUAGAAUUGGAAGGUUCUCAAAUGCAAGCUAGAGGGAUUAAUAUUGGAAGUGAAAAAAUGCCUUUG